UGUAAUAUCUCGAUCUUCUCAUGUAAUGCUAUGCAUGUGUGUGUGCUGCUAUGUUAUUAGGUUAUUACGGGAAAGAUAUUAGAGCGUUCACGCUUUUCGCUACGGUAAAUGCUACUGCGCGGAUAACACUCGCGGCAAGAUAUCCGCAUGAGGGUGUGCGUUAUCAGGUCUCAUGGCAAAACCGGAGCGGCUCCGUUUCACAAUUCUCGAUGACUUGAUACUUUUACGGGAGGUCUCGAGGCAAAACCCAUACGAGGAGAGUGACAGGUGGAAAACUGUCGCCGAGCGAGUCGUAAAUGCGACGCAGAAGAACUUCAGUUUACGCUGUGUCAAGGAACAUGUUGAUCAUCUGCUAAAAAUUUGGACCCGAGAGGGCCGUGCACACUUGAGGAAAUCGGGAACCGAGGAACAAUACAAUGAGAAAGAACAACUUCUACAGCAAGUGCAAGAUCUACAAAGAGAGUUCAGGCGCUCUAGCAAAAGUAUCAGCUCCAAUGCACACAAAUUUGAACUAGAACAAGCAAGAGACCUAACCUUGGAGAACAUUUCUGAUACUUUGGAGGUAAUAAUAGAGGAACCAAUGAUGACAUCCUUGUCUUCAUCUAUUCCGACCUCAGCAUUCUUACCCAUUGCAUUACCAUCGCCAACCUCAUCAUCUUCAUCGUCGUCGUCGACUCCGUUAACUUCAGCAAGUCCACUGCGAUCGCCAAAUGCGUCACCAUCAAGAACGGGAGGACCAAUGAGAAAUAAAGUGCAUCAUGAUGCGAUAAAGAAGACAACGUUACAAUUUUUGCAAGAGAGACAUAAAAAAGAGAUAGAAUUUCAAGAGAAACAAUUCUGUCUGGAAGAGAGGAGAAUCCAACUGGAAGAAGAAAAAUUUAAAAUCGAAAGGAAGGAACGUGAAGCGAGACUUGAAUUGGAGAUUGAAGAAAGAAGACAAAGGAUCGCUGUUUCCAAACAGAAACAAGAGAUUCUGGAGAUAUUGUUACAACUGAUACAUAAACCUUGAUUAUUUUUAUAAGUGAUAAUUUUUUUGUUUUAUUGGUUUAUAAAUAAAACUACUGUUACAGCAA